AUGAAUAAAACAAACUCAAAAUUAUUGAUAGCAUUUAUGGUACUCCUGAUAAGUCUUAUUUUCAUCCUUCAGUUUACAAGCCCAAUUCAAUCAACCAAUAUUGAACAUUUACAAAAAAGACAAGACACUCCACCACCGGAUAAUCCACCGCCAAAAGAUAAUCCACCGCCAAAAGAUAAUCCACCGCCAAAAGAUAAUCCAUCGCCACCACCACCGGAUAAUCCCCCAGACAGUCCAACACCACCAGCCCCAGACACCACAACACCACCACCAGUAGCAGACACCACAACACCACCAGUAGCAGACACCACAACACCACCACCAGUCGCAGACACCACAACACCACCAGUAGCAGACACUACAACAUCACCACCAGUAGCAGACACCACAACACCACCACCAGUAGCAGACACCACAACACCACCAGUAGCAGACACCACAACACCACCAGUAGCAGACACCACAACAUCACCACCAGUAGCAGACACCACAACACCACCAGUCACAGACACUACAACACCAGAUAGUCCAACACAAACCCCAGUUAGUGAACCAUCUGAAAAUACCCCAACCUUUGAUAAAAAUACAAAAACAGAUAUUUUUAGCAGUAAUCCUGUCAUUAACACUAAUACAGAUGCUUUAACAGAUACAAAUAGCGUUUUCUACUAUAGCUUAAGCUCAACUAGGAUUAAUGUUGAUCCAAAUACCACUGGUACAUUGGAUUGUUUACUUGCUCCCACUAAAACAUAUCCACCUGAACAUGAACCAUGUAAAAAAUCUGAUGAUCCAAGGUGUAAGCCUAAAGCAACAGACCCAACAGUGAUCAGUACAACAGAAGAAAGUGAAUUAGUUACAGAACCACCAACACCUAAAAAAACUACAACAUCCCAAUCCCAAAUAGGCACAAGCCAAGAAAAAUCAACCAUAACACAAUUCAAAACUUACACUACCACAGAAACAUUAUAUUUCCCAGGGUACACCACUUAUACAUCUUCAACAGGGACUGAUGGAGAAUUAACCACAUAUGCAACUUACAUUCCACCAAGUACUGUUGUGGUGAUCAAGAAAGUUACUUCAGCAACUGUAGAAGAAAUUCAAGAAAGUAAUCCUGUUUCAGCUGGACAUCUUGAUCUGGAACUCUCAGUUUAUAAUUUAUAUAGCAUUGCUACAUCAUUAUUUGUUAUUUCUGUAACAAUGCUUUACUUAAUUGUUGCUUAA